GUUACUCCAUAUACUCGUUUGCUUGCGCGCGCACGUCGCAGCCGAUCACACGUGGCUCUGUUAUGACAGCGGACAGGGUGACAGAACGUCGUCGUCGUCGACAGCGGCUGACAGCAGCUGCGACCGAUUGAAACGCGCUUUCUUUCCGCGCGCCUUCGAUCGAUCGCGUUCGAUUACCGUAUAUCGCGUCUACGUAGUCGCGACACUCCGCGUGCGUGCGUGGGUGGUUGGUCGAUCGGGUAGUUUUGGUUGGAUGAAUGCGUGUGUGCGUUGGUGCGUCGUCGGGCAAGGAAGCCGGGUGUGCGAAACGUUGGCGUGGUGUUACACACCCUCGAGAGACGUCAAGACGUGACGCAGGGAACGAUCGGAGCCUAAAUGAGAACCGUUCUUGCGGACUCGCUACCUGUCUCCGUGAUUCCACCACCUCCACCGCACCACUACGCCGGCUCCGUGUCGCGGAUAUAGUAAUGCCGCGGCUCGCUUCUGUUGCUCCCCGUCUACGAAUUCGUUCGGAAAGCUACCGGGGAAAGGGGUCCCACUACAUGCUUGUCUACGAUGCCAGGCAGAAAGUAAGAAGGAAGUUUAUGGCCGGCAAGACUGCGUGGUCGUUUGGGGCGAGUGCAAUCACUCGUUUCAUUACUGCUGCAUGUCGCUUUGGGUCAAACAAAACAAUCGUUGCCCAUUGUGUCAGCAAGAGUGGUCUAUCCAACGAAUGGGAAAGUAAUUCUUGCGUAUGCUAGUAACUAAUUUCAUUGCAGCUUCUAAUUUUUUUGCAAUUAUUACUAAUUAAUCAGAGUGGGAAAAAAAGCUGUCACUCGUUGUAAUGCAUCCUAAUGAGUCUCGAGUUUAUUUUCUUUUUCGGGAAUCUUCGAAAGUGAUAAUCAAAGUUAUCUAAUAUCUUAGGCUAGGAUUAUUUUAUUAUAACAUAAUAAUGAUUAAUAAACAUGUACUUGUAUAUAAAAUA